AAAAAUUCUCUCCUGAAGUCCAAUCCAUCAAAUUCGGAUUGACAUAUAUAAAAAUACAAAAUUAAAAGUGAGAUGGGGAAAAAAAACAGCUCAUCAGCUCCCAGAUUCAUCCCCCAACCAUGCCCUUCUCCUUCGCCGGCGCCGUCCAAGACGAGGACGGUUUCGGAGAUUUCACCUUCGUCUCCUCAUCUCCAACUCCUCCUCAAAAUCAUCAUCCUCAACAUCAGGAUCAAGAUCGAGACGACGACGAUUGGGGCGAUUUCGUCCAAUCCCCUCAAACCGAUCCAAACCCUAAACCACCACCAUCUUCUUCUUCAUGGCAGAAACCCAAGGGCGCCAUUCCUCUCUCGAUCUUCGGUGGCCAAGAAGAAGAAGACCAAGAACAAGAGGAAGAAGCUGAGCUGAACUUGUUCAAUCACAACCGCAACGGGCUCUCUUCUUCUUCGCCUGCAAAACCCUUGGUCAGAGAUGUGAAAGAUCUGAUCUUUGAUCUCUACGCUCAGCCUCCUGCUUUUUCUGCUUCUGUUGGCGGUGGUGAUGCUAAUGGAGAUGAUGAUGGCAGUUGGGAAUUUAAGGAUGCUUUCUUGCCUCAGAAAGGAGGGAUCAACGGCGUUCAGACUGUUGGUAUUAGUUCGGAGGCUGAAGGUGAAGCCGGGGAUCGCCCUAGACUUAGCAAUGGUGAAAGUGAACUUUUUGGUAAUGGAUAUGCUGCGCGUAAGGGAACUAAUGGGUUGAGUUUUCGAUCGGAUGUUGUUCAUUAUAAUUCUGUUUCAGACAGAUCAAAGGAAACAAAUUGCGUUAGCAAUGGAAAUGGGUCGCACCCCAGAUUGCAAAAUGAGCUCGAAACCAUUGACAUUAAGGAAGGUGAAAAAUCUGGGUCUCUAGAAGAGCAGAAGUCUCCGGGUGCUGAGGAUCAAGUUUUUAUGCUUGAUAGCGGAGUUCAGGGCGCUGGGGGUUUCUUUUCAUCUAAUCUAGGCGACCUUAUUCCAUCUACUUAUGCUCAAGAAAAAGAUGAAUCAAGUGGAAUCUCCACGAGACUGAGUAGUUCUUCAAGAAAGCCUAACUUUGCACAAGCAGAAAUCAAGGGCUGGAAGUUUCAUUCGGUCAAUUCUCUUGAUGAUAUCAUGUCUAACCUUUACAAUGAGCCUCGGCAGACUCAUGACGUCUACUCUAGACAACAUCCAAGUACCACUGAACCAGACGCAGCUGUGCUCCGCAGGCAUUCUGCAUUUUCCAAUAAUGAUAGUUUUUCUGAUGAUGACACUGAAUGGGAAUUUCAUAAGGCUUCGGAGCCAGCAGUUGCCCGUCUGAACUCUGUUUGUAACACAGACAAGAGUUUCUCCUCUAAGUCAACUCAGAAUACUUGUUUGGACUUUUACUAUAGAUUGAAAGAAGGAUCUAUCUUCUUGAUAAUUGAUCAUCUUGACAAUCUCAAGAAAUCCCACAAAGCUGCUGCUCUUUCUGGGGAAGAAGCUAAGACACUGAAAUUCAAUGAGGACAUCCAAGCAGUUUGUAAGGUGUUGCAAGAAGCAGAAAUUUGUGAAGAUGAUUACAUUGGAAAACACUUAUCAAAAGCUGCAUGUGCUCAUCGACUUGUUGAAAUUACAAGAGAACCAUAUGUCCAAUGCCUUGAAGAAGAAUAUUGCUUAUCAGAAAGAAUCUUAUCAGCAGAGAAGGACUUGAGCGCAUCAAUUGAGCUUUUUAGACAUGCUUCCUCAGUACAACAUAUAUUGAGGCUAGCAUCUACAGAGGAGCAGCAGGCUUAUAUUGCUGCAUGGUCUACAAUGGCUCUUGCAUGUACAAAAGAGUUGCAGCAUGGAACCAUGAUCUGGAAAGAAUCCCUUGUCAAAAAUGUUUCUGAAGAAAUAUUAUCUCGAGGUAGUAGAUAUUUUGCUGCUCUCGUAGAAAUUUACAGAGUAGCAAAAAUUUUGAGAGCCUCUUUGAAACUUUACAAACCUUGGAUACUAUCAAAUCCAGAGGAUUGUUCAAGGGAAUUAGUGAGUUGCCUUAAAAAGUGUGCAGAGUCAUGGACAACUUCUGGCUUGGAAAAAGCUGUUGACAGCAUCUCUACUUCUGCAACAAAUUAUAAGAUCAAAAUGGCAGUCAAGUCCUCCAAACUUCUUGACGAGACUACUUUUCAAAACCAGAGUUUUAAUAAAGACAGUAUAGUCUGUAAACUGUCUUUGUUGCCAGUGGACAAGCUCGGAGAUAUGAACACUGUAAGAUGGAAUGGAGACUUUUACUGUCUCACGCUUGCAAAUUUCUGGGCAAACCGGGUAAGUUGUGAUCCUCCUGCGUUGCCACAUAUACAUGUCAGUUAGUCCAAUAAGAAUCAGGAUGAGGCUUGUCAGUUAGUUCAAGAAGAAUCAGGAUGAGGCUUGGUGAUGUGCAAAUCUGGAGAUUCUGUAUUUAACAUGGGAGUUUCUGUGCAAGAGAGCGUAAAUCGAUACAAUUAUUGGCUGUGAACGUUAUUCAUUGAUGGAGAAAAAGUGACGCCUUUGAAUUUGAAGAAGCCAUCUAUGUUCCCAAUUUCCCCCCCUGAACUCCGCAAUAUCGAUGUAUUUUGCCCGAUUUUUGUAAACUUGCGCUUAUUUGUUUGCUUGAGUAUAUGUAAUCAUUUGUUGUUAUCAUUCUUUCGUGGUCAUGUAAGUUAUUUGUGUGACUGUAUUGAUUCUUAUCAAUUUGUCUUGAGCAUCAUUUAUUUUAUUGUAAAAUAGAUAAAGCCAUAUAACAAUUGGUCUUUAUCGUCAUUCAUUUGUAAAGGAAAUGUUACGCAUUUGCUUCCAAGAAGCCAUCUAUCAUUUACCAAA